CAUAUUUCACCCACUACUCCAACAAACUACUAAUUUGCAUAAUCUCAAAAAGAAACAAAAAUGGUGCUUUCUAGUGAAUCUGUUGCUUACGAUUGGGCUAAAGCAGUGAAGGAAUUCGACGAGGCGAAAUCCGGCGUGAAGGGCCUAGUCGACGCCGGCGUGACGGAGCUCCCCCGCCUCUUCGUGCACCCGGCGGAGCAUCUCCUCAACAACCCCACCGACCCGGCCCUGCAGCCGGAGCUCCCCACCAUCGACUUCGCCGGGCUGCGCCAGGGCCGGCGGCGCGAGGUGGUGGAGGCGGUGCGCAGGGCGUCGGAGGAGUGGGGCUUCUUCCGCAUCGUCAACCACGGCGUCCCUCGCCACACGAUGGACGCCAUGCUCGACGCGGUGCGGCGCUUCCACGAGCAGCCCGCGGAGGCGAAGGCGCCGCUCUACUCAGACGACAGCCGGCGGCGGGUGCGGUUCAACAGCAACAGCGCGUUAAGGGAGAAGGACGCCGCGUCGUGGAGGGAUAUUCUGACGUGUGUUUUCAACGACGAUGAGAUUGACCCGGAGCUGAUCCCGGAGGCGUGCAGGGCGGAGGUGCUGGAGUAUGUGGAGCGGAUGAUCGAGCUGAGGGAGACGAUGGCGGAGGUGAUGUCGGAGGCGCUGGGGCUUCCGAGCAACUACUUGUCGGAGAUUGAGUGUAUGAAGAGUGAGGCGAUGGCGUGUUUGUAUUAUCCCGUGUGUCCCGAGCCGCACAAGACCCUCGGGACGCCCAAGCAUUCCGACACCACCUUCCUCACCUUGCUUAUGCAGGACGCCAUCGGCGGCCUCCAGAUUCUCCAUGGCGGUCAAUGGGUCAACGUUCCGCCCGUGCCCGGGGCUCUCAUUGCCAACAUUGGCGAUCUUAUGCAGAUUAUUAGUAAUGACAAGUUCAUAAGCGUGGAGCACAGAGUGGUGGCGCAGCCGGUGGGGCCGAGGAUAUCGGUGGCGUGUUUCUUCACGCCGAGCAUGAAUGCGGCGGCGAAGCCAUUUGGUCCGAUCAAAGAGCUGUUGUCCGAUGAGAAACCGGCUAUAUACAGGAAGUUUAUGUUCAGAGACUACUGCCAAUACUACAAGAUUAAAGGCCAAGAUGUUUCCUCGGCUUUGCCUCAUUACAAGAUCUGAUCGUCACUUGCUUUAUUUACUUCAUUCUAUAAUUGCAAUUAUGUAAUAGUAAUAUUUUCACAUGAUGUUGAAUAAGAAUUUCUCUUUUGAUUUUAAAA